GAUGACAAGAGACGAUGUUCUACUCCGGGUGUAGCAGAGACAGUGCCGCAGCGUCCAACUAGUCCUCCCAGACCAGCCCAUUCAGUGGUAAGCAGUGAUCCACCCGACCCGGUCGUGCUUUGCCGUCCCAUGCCUGAGGAUGCGAGACGGUACUCUACCCCGGGUGCAGCUGCUCCGGUGCAAGUUGCCCCUGUCUACCAGCCUGAGCAUCUUUUCCAUCGCAGCCUCCCCAGACUCACUCUGCCCACAUUCGCCGGCGACACGAGCGAGUGGGUGAACUGGUUUGCUUUGUUCCGCACUUUGGUCCAUGACCAGCCAGCUCUGACCCCCACGGAGAAAAUGGCUCAUUUGCAGGCCGCUGUCACUGGCUUGGCCCAGAGGACCAUCGGAGGGAUGCUGUAUAGAGGGGAGCUGUAUGAGGAGGCAGUUAGAGUACUAAAGGACAGAUUCGGCCGAGAUGAUGACAUCAUCCACUCCAACCUCGACAGCAUCUUCUCCUGUCCGGCACCUUCUCAUCUCGAUCCUGCCAGCCUGGAACAGUUUCAAGCCACAGUCCACUGCGCUGUAGUAGUGUUCCAGAGUCUGGGGCAUGACGGUGACCUGUACAGUUAUGAGAAUUUGAGACGUGUGGUAGAGAAGCUACCGACUGAACUGAAGAGAGAGUGGGGUGAACAUGUCUUAAACCUCGAACCAGAGAAGCCCAGCCUGCUCCAUCUAGACUCUUGGCUGUGCAGACAGGUCAGGAUCGCGCUGAACUUCGCGGCUGUUUCUCAACAGCAUGGAGGGCGGUCAGCCGAAAAGAAGCGUGAAGCAAAGACGCAGGGAGCCAGUGGAGAACAUGCUCUUCAGCGGACGGCUCUGGCGACUGAAGCACAGAACAGAGCCGGCAAGACUUGCAUCUGCUGUGAAGCUGCCCAUGACGUUACUGUAUGCCCCGCAUUCCUCAGCAAGUCAGUGGAUGAGAGAGCUGCCUUUGUUGCUAGCUCAGGUGCCUGCUUCUUCUGUUUAAAGACAGGUCACGCCGUCAGAAAGUGCCGCUUUGCAAGGCGAUGUGGCAUCGAGGGUUGUGAAAUGAGGCACCAUCUGGUGUUGCACGGCAGCAGGAGGGUCGGUCUCGGUACAGAGGCCAGCCGGUCGGUGCCGAGCUCAGAGCCUGAUGGCCAACGGGUGGUUGCUGCGUCGUCACUGCCUGUGGAACAGGUCACUACUCUUCUCCAGGUUGUGGAGGUCACCGUCGUCGGCCAGAACGGCAAGACCAGGAAGGUAUGUGCGCUGCUAGACCCAGGAUCACAAACUUCUCUCGUUGCAGAAGAUGUCGUGGAAGAACUCGGACUCCAGGGGGAGCGCCAAACUUUGCGACUGAGAAAUGUUGAAGGGAAUGGCUCCCAGCAGCGCACGAGACGUCUGCAGUUAAAUCUGCUGACUGAGGGAGAGGAAGUCUACUCUGUUUCAGUGCCAGAAGCCUUCUCAGUAAAGGAGAUCAAUCUUACUGUGCCGCAUUAUCCUGCAAAACAGUGGCGGCAUGUGCAUGAUCUGAAGCUGCCGGACUGCCGUGGGCGCAAGGUGGAACUCCUACUCGGAGCCAACGUGAUUGAGGCGGUCCUACAGCUAGAAGUGAGAACCGGCAGCCCCGGUGACCCUGUCGCGAUCAGAACUGUGUUCGGUUGGACACUGACAGGCUCUGUAGCUGGACUCGUUCCCGGACAGAUGCGUGAUGUUAUGCUGAUUCAUCACUCAUCUGAGGAGUCCCAGUUGUGCGCAGCGAUAAGCGACUGGUGGACGACUGAGUCGUUUGGGAGCAUGUUUGAAGGCCAGGCGUCUUAUUCUCAGAAGGACACUCGAGCCCAGACUAUGCUCGAUAGCACCACGAAGCUGCAAGAUGGUCGCUACGAAGUAGGACUCCUCUGGAAACAAGAAGACACGAAGAUGCCUGACAAUCGCAAGAUGGCAGAGAGGCGACUGGAGUCGCUGGAGAGGAGCCUGUCGCGGGAUCCUACGAGAGCAGCAGCGUACGAAGAAGCUCUGAUGGGCUAUGUCGCAAAGAAUCACGCUCGCAAGGUCUCCUCGGAAGAACUGUUGAAGAACAGAGACAAGAGAUGGCUGCUACCGCACCAUGCGGUGGUCAGCGCAAACAAGACCAAAGUGCGAGUUGUGUUCGACGCAGCGGCCCAGUUCUCUGGCGUAUCUCUCAACGAUGUCUUGUUAACCGGCCCAGACCUCCUCCGGAACUUGGUUGGUGUCCUGUUGCGCUUCAGGGAGGAACGAGUAGCUCUAGUCGCAGACAUAGAACAGAUGUUCCACCAAGUUCGAGUGGUUGAAGAGGACCAGCCGGCUCUGAGUUUCCUCUGGCGAAACCUGGACCAAAGCAAGCCUCCUGAUGUCUACCAGAUGACGGUCGUGAUUUUUGGAGCAAAAUGUAGCCCGACCUUGGCAAAUCACGCUCUUCUGAGAACAGCUGCUGAUCACGAAACGGAUUUGCCUGAGUCAAAGGCUGCUGCUGACGCCGUGAGAAACAAUUUUUAUAUGGAUGAUCUGCUGACAUCGGUGAAAGACGUCUCGACAGCAAAGACUCUGCAGUCGGAGGUGACUAAGCUGGUCGCUAAGGGUGGAUUCCGAUUAGCGAAGUGGUGCAGCAACAGUGAAGAGGUGCUGCGAGAGAUCCCAGUGAAGCGGGAGUGGAGCUGAGCUGAAAGCUUGAGCGCUCGGGCAGUAAGUUGGAGGAUGUGCAUGCUGCAAAUCAAUGGACUAAAGGGCAGUGUUCGUGUCAUGUCAUAUAGGCCAGUAGUCGCACGUAUUAUUGGUGUUCUACCCAGUAGAACACUGGGGGGAGUGUUGCGACUAGCCGACAAUUUAUCCGUGUUUUUAUUUAGUGGUCCGUCAUCUCAAGCCGGAGGUAUUUCAUCUGGAAAGCCGCGAGAAAAUAUGUGUUCAGCGAUAUUUAGUUGCAGUGAGAACGAGCGAAUGUAAAUCAUGUAAAGGAAGAACGGCACUGAUUUACCUGUUUGCAUAUACGUGAAAUGCCAUAGAAUGAGUUAAGUGGUAAAUGUGGCUUAAUUUUGCUCGGAACAGUUUAAAACCUAUUCAAUCAUGUAAACUAAAGCUGCAAUGAUCAUGUAGUCGCUGUUGAACCGGCUCUGAUGCUUUGGUGUUGAAUGGAGUUAAUAGAAACCGUCAUUUUAA